GGGUGCUAACUCGACAAUUUACACUCUGUAGAAAGUUCUUAGGCACCCCUGCUUCGCGUAAAACAUUUAUCACUGGACAGUCUGUUACCCCCUUUCGUGAAGUGGGUGUGUCCACAGGUAAAAUGGCGGCCAAUUUUGAGCUGGUUUGCUCCGCGAAGGCAAACGGAGUCAUUCCCGUCGACAAAUAUCGCUCCAAGGAGACGGGACUCACCGUGUGUAUAGCUCAGGUUGAGGGGCCACUCGUAAAGGGAUAUUUCUGCCUUGCUACGGAGGCCCAUGAUGAUGAUGGCUUACCUCACACAUUGGAACACCUGGUCUUCAUGGGAAGUGAGGACUAUCCAUACAAGGGAGUGUUGGAUCUGUUGGCUAACAGGUGCCUGGCUCAGGGCACCAAUGCCUGGACAGACACAGACCACACAGCCUACACCGUCACGACAGCAGGCAGUCAGGGCUUCCUCAACCUGCUGCCCAUCUACCUGGACCACGUGCUGUACCCAACACUCACGAACUCAGCCUACAUCACGGAGGUUCACCAUGUGAAUGGUGAGGGAGAGGAUGCAGGUGUGGUGUACUGUGAGAUGCAGGCUCGGGAGAACACUGGGGAGAGCAGGACCUACCUGGAGAUGCUCAGGAGCAUGUACCCUGGACACUGUGGCUACAAGUCUGAGACUGGAGGGAUGUUGGAGAACCUCAGGACCAGCACCUCACACAGGAAGGUUGUUGACUACCACACAGCCUUCUACCGCCCAGAAAACCUGUACCUGGUCAUCACGGGACAGGUGAAGGCAUCAGAUGUCUUCCAGGUGCUGGAGCCUUUUGAGGAGAAAAUCCUGUCCAAGGGCGCCCUGCCUUCCUACAAGCGCCCGUGGCAGAACCCUGUCCCCCCGUUGCCUGCCUCCGUCACCCACACCGUGGGCUACCCCAGCGAUGAUGAGGCCAACGGGAUGGUUCGGAUGGCCUGGAGGGGACCAAAGUCAGAUCAACUGUAUGACAUCCCAGCUAUAGCCACCAUGCUGGAGUACAUGACAGACACAGCCAUCGCACCACUACAGAGGGAACUGGUGGAGACAGAGGACCCUUACUGUAACAGGGUGUCCCACAGUCUGAUAGAGAAUGCAGAAUGCUGUGUGUACUUACACCUUAGUAACGUGCCCAGCGCCAAACUCAGGGUCCUCAAGGACAAAGUUUUGUCAGUUCUGAAAGGCAUAGCUGAUGGCACUGAGAAGUUGGACAUGGAGCGGAUGGGUACAGUUGUACACAGGCAGAUCCUACAGGCCUUAAACCAUAUAGAAGACCAGCCUCAUGACACAGUGGCUUUCCACUGUAUUGGAGACUUCCUGUAUGGGACCAGUAAUGAACAGAUGGCUGAGCGUCUGAACAACAUCAACUACUACCGCAGACUGGCCAAGGAACCGCUGGAGUUCUGGACAAACCUGCUGAAGAAAUAUUUCACUCAGGCUGCACUUGUCACUAUCAUCGGUGAGCCCAGUACAGACAUGAGGGAUGACAUGGCAGAGGAGGAGAAGCAGAGAAUAGAGGGACAGAGAGAAGAACUCGGGGAGGAGGGACUUCGUAAGAUGGAGAAAAAGUUGGACAAGGCUACAGAGGAGAAUGAGAAAGAGGCUCCUACGGAGAUGCUGAGUAGCCUGGAAGUGCCUGACACAGACACUAUCCAGUUCCACCCCAUUCAGGUAGCCAGCACACACGACAAGAGCGCCAUGAACAGGAUUCCCCAGUUCCCCCUGGACAGCCUCCCAUUCACGUUCCAGCUGGACCACAUCCACACCAACUUUGUGCAGCUCUGUGCCCUCCUGGACAGCAGCAGGGUUCCCCAGGACCUCAGACCGUAUCUGUGUCUGUACAUUGAGGUUAUCCUGGAGUCUCCUGUACUCAGGGAUGGAGUGUUGGUCUCCCAUGAGGAUGUGAUCCGUGAGCUGGCGGCCGACACCCUGACUGCUGAGACUUCCCUGGGGGUGGGGGGCAACAGGUUUGCCUGUGGACACUUCGCACAGGUCGUCACUCUGGCACUGAAGCUGGAGAUGGAGAAGUACACCAAAGGCGUGCAGUGGUUACGUGAGCUGUUGUUCCAGACACAGUUCACUGCUGAUCGACUCAAGAUCAUUGCCACCAAGAUGGCCAACGACGUGGCAAGGCAGAAGAGGAGUGGAGCCAAAGUGGCCAGUACGGUCAUCAACGACAUGAACUUCCAGUCAGAGAGUAACAUCCAUGCCUCCAACAUGAUGCGGCAACACAAGUUCUUGACAGAACUCCUGGAGAAACUGGAGGGAAAACCAGACGUGGUCCUAGAGAAGAUGAACCAGCUACGCGCCCUGCUGACUGACCCCGCCUCCCUCAGGGUUCACAUGUCAGCCGACGUGGUGAGACUGGCGGGCGUGGGGUCGCCACGACAACACUGGGACAACUUCAUCAGCAAGGAACGACUGGCAGAGAAGUCCAGUACCGGUGAGUUACAGCAUUCCUACACCCUGCUGAAGCCUCUGGACAAAGGUUCCUCCAUGGGGACCAUCGUGGGAGUGGGAGCUGUGGAGUCAUCCUUCCUGGUGCAGACUGUCCCCUGUAUCACCUCACACAGUCAUCCUGACCUCGCUGCCAUCUUAGUCUUCAUAGAGUACCUCACUGCCUUAGAGGGCCCCAUGUGGAGGCAGAUCAGGGGCCUUGGUCUGUCGUACCACUACAGCAUCAAGGUGACUCCCUCCCAGGGCCUGAUGUCCUUCAUCCUGUACAAGUCUGCUCAGCUGGUCCAGGCUUAUAAAGUGGGCAAGGAUAUAGUGGAGGAGUACUUGGAUGGGAGUGCAGAGUUUGAGCCGGUUCAGGUGGAGGCUGCCAUCAGCAGUGUCCUGUCCUCCAUCAUCGAGCGUGAGGAGAGUGUGGGAGACACCUCCAUGCAGUCUCUUCUGUCAUACUUCAGGGGAGUCGGCUCCAGCUACAACAGGGACCUUCUUGCCAAGAUCUCGAAGGUGACAGUUGCAGACAUGAAGCGUGUUGGUGCUGAGUACUUCACCCCGCUGUUUGACCCCAGUAAGUCCCGAGUCGCUGUCUGCUGUAAUCCUUCCAAGGUGGAGGAGACCAGGGCUGGCUUUGAGGAGCUUGGUAGAGGGCUUGUGGUCAUGGAGUCUUUGGAAGAGGCCUACAAAGAUGAUAACUAGCACUGUGGACACAGCCUUACAUGUAUGCUGCUUUGUGAAAAUGACAAAUGGUCACAACAUGUGUUCAAGUGUUCAGCUCAGGACCAAGUAUUAAGAGAAUAUG